UCUGGAAUAGCUGUGCGCACGCAUGCGCAGUGAGCAGUCAGCGCUUCGACCUCUGUUGCCGGUGAGGGAAGGGGAGACAGACCCGGGUUUCAAUCACCUUCUGAGGGACUGGUAAAUAAGUCAGAUAGCUGAUCAUGUAUGCUUGUGCGAAGCUCGUCUCUACACCUGCGCUGGUGCGUGCUAGCUCCCGGGCUCUGUACAGACCGCUGUCCGCAGCAGUGGUGUCACGGCCAGAAGUCAGAGCAGGAGAGGCUCCUUCCGCCCUUGUGCCACAGAGCACAUCCCAGGUCGCGGUCAGAGGCUUCCAGACCAGCGCUGUGAGCCGGGACAUCGACACUGCCGCCAAGUUCAUCGGUGCCGGAGCCGCUACGGUCGGAGUGGCCGGAUCCGGAGCCGGAAUCGGAACAGUGUUCGGCAGCCUUAUCAUUGGAUAUGCCAGGAACCCCUCUCUAAAGCAGCAGCUGUUCUCCUAUGCCAUCCUGGGAUUUGCCCUGUCUGAAGCCAUGGGUCUAUUCUGUCUGAUGGUUGCUUUCUUGAUCUUGUUUGCCAUGUAAAACAAGCGCUUCGGAUGAUAGAAUUCUAAUCUACAGAUGUAACUACAUAUUUUAAAAGUGGCUACCAAAAUUGUUCCAUGUUGGUGUCAUGAAAAAUGUACAUUUUCCCAAGUUUUUUUUUGUUGAAUACUGUCAAUAAAAAGACAUGUAUUGUAAAAA